AUGCGUACGUACGACCCGGACAACGCCAUCCUCGACGCCCUCCGCGGCUCGGGCAUCGAGCUCAACGUCGCCAUCACCAACCAAUACAUCGAGUGCCUCGCCAACGACGCAAACAGCGCCAACGACUGGGUCCGCAACCACGUCAUCAACUACCCCGACGUCAACCUCAAGUACAUCUCCGUCGGCAACAAGGUCAGCCCCGCCGACAGCGCCACGUCCCGCUUCACGCGCUUCGUCCUCCCCGCGAUGCGCAACGUCUACAAAGCCAUCUGCCGCGCCGGGCGCGCCGGCCAGGUCAAGGUCACCACCACCGUCAGCAUGAGCACCCUCGGCAACUCGUUCCCACCUUCGGACGGCGCAUUCCAUGAUGACGUGGCGCCGUACUUGAGGCCGAUUUUGUCGUUCAUUGUGAGCACCGGCGCCCCUUUCAUGGCGAAUGUGUAUCCUUACUUCUCAUACAUCUACAACAAGGACCAAAUCGACAUCGGAUACGCGCUAUUGGAGCAGGGCCAUGGGAUUCAUGUGAACGGAGAAUAUUACGACAAUCUUUUCUGUGCGAUGGUCGAUGCGGUCUAUGCAGCGGUUGAGAGGCUAGUCGAACGGUCCUUGAAGACGACUGGUGGCAUGUAUAACCAUACAUCUGAGAAAAAGGCGGGGCGCAAGGGCCGCCCAAGAGGGCCGAAAAUAGUGGUGACAGAGACCGGCCAUCCGUCAGGCAGCGGCGAUUCCGCAAACAUGUAUAAUGCGAAAACUUAUAACGAUAAUUUGAUUGAUAUUGUGGAUGAUGGGACGCCAAGACAUCCUGAGCCUAUUGAGACGUACAUAUUUGCUCUGUUCAAUGAAAAUGAAAAGCCCGGUGCCGAGACGGAGAGGAAUUUCGGGCUUUUUUAUCCAAACGGGCAGCCCAAAUACGACUUAAAUUUCAACUAG